AAACCGACCCCGCAAAAAAUAUUACCGUUGGAAUCAACACGUGGCGUCCACCUGUCUCCUUCUAUCCCUCUUUGGAUUCUCUCUUUCUCUCUCACACCACCUUCAUUCACACUCACUGUUCUCUCCCUCUUUCUCUAUCCUUUUUGUUUCUUUCCUUACAUUGUUUUGUUCUCAAGUAUCCGAGCUUUUCUUCCCUGGUUUUUCUCCCCCUUUUUCACGUGAUUCUCAGUCAUUCUUUCAUCUUGGGUGCAAAAGGAAGGGGGAAAUGAAUGUCUGAUGGGUUGUUCUGAAAUUUAGACAACAAACAAUGGCGUCAUUUUCCGGCGGGUUUUACUUUUGUUUCAUUCUUGUAGCCAGUUUUGUUUUGUUUAGCUUUUCCUCCGGCAAUGUCUCGACGGCGGCGACUGAUUUUGACUUCGGAACGCUGACUCUGUCAAGCAUGAAGCUCCUCGGCGACGCCCACUUGAGCAACGGCAGCGUUAGACUCACCCGGGAUCUCGGUGUUCCGUACUCCGGCGCCGGGAAAGUUUUAUACUCAAAACCCAUCAAGUUCCGGCGGCCUGGGACUCAAUCUCCGGCCAGCUUCUCCACAUUCUUCUCGUUCUCUGUCACGAAUCUGAACCCCUCCUCUAUAGGUGGCGGCUUGGCUUUCGUCAUCUCACCGGACGACGAGUACGUUGGCGACGCUGGGGGGUUCCUGGGAAUCAUGGACGCAAAGGGUGCCCAGAGCGGCGUUGUGGCGGUGGAGUUUGACACUCUAAUGGACGUUGAAUUUAAGGAUAUUAACGGGAAUCACGUGGGUUUGGAUCUGAACUCGAUGAUUUCGACCCGAGUUUCCGAUUUGGACGCUAUUGGUGUUGAUUUAAAAAGCGGUGACCUGGUGAACUCGUGGGUUGAUUAUUCUGGGUCGACCCGGAUGAUCAAAGUGUACGUUUCGUAUUCCAACUUGAAGCCCAAAGCCCCCGUCAUAUCCGCCACUUUCGAUCUUAACCAGUACAUAGUGAAUGAUUUCAUGUUUGUGGGGUUCUCCGGGUCAACUCAGGGGAGUACAGAAAUUCACAGCGUUGAGUGGUGGAGUUUCAGCUCAUCCUUUGACGAAAGCCCGAGUUAUAAUUCCGUGCUGCCGUCCGGUUCUCCUCCGCCGCCGCCACCAACGGCUAGUUUAAUGAACCCCACGGCGGAUAUAGUCAACCCUCCACCACCUUCCGUAGCACCUCAGCCUGACAAUAGUAAUGCCACGUCGCAUGAAGACAAAGGUAGUGGAAAGUGUCACAACCAGCUCUGCAAAAAUGGCCCUGGGGCUGUUGUCGGAGUGGUAACGGCCGGUGCAUUUUUCUUGGGAUUCUGCGCUCUAGCGCUUAUAUGGUUGUAUAACAAGAAGUUCAAGCGUGAGAAAAAAUCUGAGACUUUGGCUUCGGAUGUGAUCAAAAUGCCAAAGGAGUUCAGCUACAAAGAGCUAAACAUUGCUACCAAAGGAUUUGAUUCUAAUCGAAUUAUCGGGCAUGGGGCUUUCGGGACCGUGUAUAAGGGUAUACUGCCCGCCACGGGUGAUGUUGUGGCGGUGAAGAGGUGUAGCCACAGCGGACAGGGGAAGACAGAGUUUUUAUCCGAAUUGUCAAUAAUUGGAACCCUUAGGCAUAGAAAUCUUGUCAGGCUUCAAGGUUGGUGCCAUGAGAAGGGUGAGAGUUUAUUGGUUUACGAUUUGAUGCCUAAUGGGAGCCUUGACAAGGCAUUGUUUGAAUCGAGGAUGAUAUUGCCCUGGCCUCAUAGGCGCAAGAUUUUGCUCGGUGUUGCGUCAGCCUUAGCGUAUUUGCAUCAAGAGUGUGAAAAUCAGGUGAUUCAUAGGGAUAUCAAGACUAGCAACAUUAUGUUGGAUGAAGGGUUCAAUGCUAGAUUAGGAGAUUUUGGACUGGCUAGGCAAAUUGAGCACGACAAGUCCCCUGAUGCCACCGUGGCUGCAGGCACAAUGGGGUACUUGGCACCUGAGUACUUGUUAACCGGUCGAGCCACCGAUAAAACCGACGUUUUUAGCUAUGGAGCAGUGGUGCUAGAGGUGGCGAGCGGACGGAGGCCGAUUGAGAAGGAGGUUGUAGGCGUGGGGAAAGGUGGGGCCAAUAGUAAUUUGGUGGAGUGGGUUUGGAGUUUGCACCGGGAAGGGAGGUUGAUGGUGGCGGCUGACCCGAGACUCGGGAAUGAGUUCGACGAGGCAGAAAUGAGGAGGGUGCUAUUGGUUGGGCUGGCUUGUUCGCACCCGGAUCCAAUGGCUCGGCCGACAAUGAGGUGCGUGGUCCAAAUGCUGGUGGGUGAAGCCGAAGUUCCAAUGGUCCCAAGAACAAAGCCAACUAUGAGUUUUAGCACAUCGGACCUACUAAUGACUCUCCAAGACAGUGUAUCUGAUCUGAAUGCCAUGAUCACAAUAUCCACUUCGUCCUCGGAAAACAGUUUCACAGGCGGCGGUGGCAGUCUAGACUUGGUUUGAUCGGUAAAUUUCGAAACGUGGAUUAGAAUCGAGAUUUUUCGGGUUAUCGCCUGCUUAUUAUUUUUUAACUUCUAUAGAUUCAUUCAUUUAUCAAACUGUGUGUAUGUAACAACAAUGACUCGUAGGCUUAUUCAUUACUAUUGCAAAUUGCGUCA